AUGACCAUUCAGCAGCUCCAUCUGCCCGGACGGCGGCAAGACAGUGGGGCAGGACAAGGCUCAUCCCGGGAUGAACAGGUUGACACCCUCACCCAACUUCUCACCGCACACACACCCACUCACACGCCAAUUGACCCCCUCGCUCGCCCCUCCACGGCCGCUCGCCCUGCCUACCUGCUGCGUGGCUUUGAGCUGCGCCCUGACCUGCUGGGUGGCUUUAAGCUGCGCCCUGACCUGCUGGGUGGCUUUAAGCUGCGCCAUGACCUGCUGCGUGGCUUUGAGCUGCGCCCUGACCUGCUGGGUGGCUUUAAGCUGCGCCCUGACCUGCUGGGUGGCUUUAAGCUGCGCCCUGACCUGCUGGGUGGCUUUGAGCUGCGCCCUGACCUGCUGGGUGGCUUUGAGCUGCGCCCUGACCUGCUGGGUGACUUUGAGCUGCGCCCUGACCUGCUGGGUGGCUUUGAGCUGCGCCCUGACCUGCUGGGUGGCUUUAAGCUGCGCCCUGACCUGCUGGGUGGCUUUAAGCUGCGCCCUGACCUGCUGGGUGGCUUUGAGCUGCGCCCUGACCUGCUGGGUGGCUUUGAGAUGCGCCCUGACCUGCUGGGUGGCUUUAAGCUGCGCCCUGACCUGCUGCGUGGCUUUAAGCUGCGCCCUGACCUGCUGGGUGGCUUUGAGCUGCGCCCUGACCUGCUGGGUGGCUUUGAGCUGCGCCCUGACCUGCUGGGUGGCUUUGAGCUGCGCCCUGACCUGCUGGGUGGCUUUGAGCUGCGCCCUGACCUGCUGGGUGGCUUUGAGCUGCGCCCUGACCUGCUGGGUGGCUUUGAGCUGCGCCCUGACCUGCUGGGUGGCUUUGAGCUGCGCCCUGACAGCGUCCGCCUCCUGGCGACUUUGCUGCAUCUCUUGCUCCUUGCGCUGCACCUCGCUCUCCAGCCGCCCCACCCGCCCCGCCAUCUCCUCCACCGCCAUGCGCGCCUCCGCCAGCUCCUGUCACCGCCCACCCCACGCCGCCCCCACAUCACCGGGGAGGAGGGGGGUGAGGGGAGAGAAAGGGGGAGAAGGUGGGGUGUGGCGGAGGAUGAGGAUGCAAACGACUAA